AUGAAUCAACCUGGAAAAGGGAUUGUAAUGAGAGAAAAAGCCAAUUAAUAGCAACUUAUAUUUAGAUCUAUUGGAUAAUUCAGAUUAAGAGAAGAGGAAAAAUGCAAAAAAUUAAUUUAUUUUAAUUGCAAAAAGUUAAUAUAAUCAAUAAUUUUAAUAGACUAUGCAUUAAAUGAUGAAAAGAAAUAUCAAUUAGCAAUUGAGUAAUGUGAAAAGGUUUUGAUAGAAGAACCUUCACAUCUCCAUGCUUAGUAUAGAAAAAGUAAUCAUUUAUUUUUUUAAUAGGCUUUUCUUUCAAAUUAAAUAGGAAAUUAAAAUAUUAUGAACAUUAAUAAGAGAUUUAAUGCAUUGAUAAAGCCUCAUGA